AUUACUACGGUAGUUACGUACAUCAUCUUGGCAAAAAUGUUAACAAUUAAGAUAUUGACUGUAAGCUUCGCCUGCAUGGUACAAGUUGUUCUUGGGCGGCCAGGAUAUGCCGGACACGCUGUAGAUUAUUAUUCUCCACCAAGCUAUGCAUUCAAGUAUGGCGUGACUGAUCUCCACACCGGCGACGUUAAAAGCCAACAGGAGACCAGAGUCGGGGGUGUAGUAAAGGGUCAAUAUUCGUUGGUGGAACCUGACGGAUCCAUACGCACCGUCGACUACAAGGCAGAUCCAGUGCACGGAUUCAAUGCGGUUGUAUCAAAAUCGCCACCGUUCAGUGGACACCCGCCGCCACCGCCUCCACCGCCACCAAUAAACCGAGUACAAAUCAUACCGGCCGUGGUAAAAAAACUGGUACCAGCACCUCCACCACCACCACGGCCACCUGUCAUAUUUCCACGCAUUACAAAACAGCAUUAUCCAACACCCAUUCUAGGUUCUUACGGAAACGGUUAUUACGAUGAUUAUCAAGAAACAUACGGAGAUGGUUAUGGAAAUAUUUACUUUUACGACGGCGCUGGAUAUGGACACUAUUAAAACAAUAUUGAAAGUACCUGUGUCCACGAAGUACAAUAAUUGUCUGCCAGUUACCAUAUAUGAUCAUUCAUAUUCGUUUGCGUGUGGUCGAAAACCUGAUUUUCUACUACUUAUUUCAAGUUUGUUUUAAUUACUAAUUUCGUUAUGUAUGUAGGUACGCGUUUUAAGGAGCAACAAGACAUGGUUGGGCACAAUCUUAUGCGCCCAAUUCAUUUUCUCAACAUGUAGUUAAUAAAUAUUGUUACAUAUUAAUAAGAGGCACGUCAAAAGACAAAUUAUAUUGUUGUACAAGAUUCUUAAUUUAAAUAAUAAUUUUUUUACCGACUAGUUUCGCACUAUUGUCAAAAGCGUUGCGUGUGCUUUAAAUCGGAUUGUAAUAAAUGGAUCCAACUUCACGUUUUGCUGCAGAAUGGGUGGGAGGCAGAAUUUGACCACAUCUUAGUAAUUUUAGGUUUAUACAACGACCAAAGGUUACUAAUAGCA